AUAACGUAAAAUUGUCGUCACCAUUUCAAUUUUCAUUUCUUUCUCAACUGCUUUCCCUAACAUCCAAUUUCUCUCUCUCUCUUUCCUAAGAAUCUUGAAUCAGAAACCCUAAUUCCUCAAAGAAUCGGAGAAUCCACAAACCCUAACAAUCUUAAAAUGGGCGAUUCUCACACUAAUCGUCGCAUUUCUGUUCAUCAAACACUCGGCUCUGGCUAUGUGGCAGACGUGUUAUUAUGGAGAAAACGUUUCGGAAGUAUUUUGUUGCUAGUCUCAUCAACAUCAUUAUGGCUUCUCUUUGAACGUGCUGGUUAUAAUCCUUUAACUUUCGUCGCUAAUGUGCUUUUGCUUCUUGUUGCUAUCCUUUUUUUCUGGGCGAAAUCUGCUUCUCUUCUAAAUAGACCUCUUCCACCUGUCCCUGAUUUGGAAGUAUCGGAUAAGUCGAUUGAGCAGGCGGCUGAUGUGAUUCGAGUUUGGCUUAAUCGUGCAUUGGCUGUUGCUCAUGAGAUUGCUGUUUGUGGGAAUUUGAGGGUUCUUAUUCAGGUUGCAGCAUUGUUGUGGUUGAUUUCAUACAUUGGUAGUUUGUGCAAUUUCGUCACAUUUGUCUAUAUCGGAUUCCUUCUUGCUCUAUCGGUUCCAGUGUUGUAUGACAAAUACCAGAACCAGGUUGAUGAAAAGAUGCAUGUAGCAUGUAGACUACUCGACGCUGGUUACAGAAAGCUUGAUGCAACUGUUUUAAGAAAGAUCCCAGUUUCAUUGUACAAGAAAAAGAAGAAGACUCAGUAGGCUGAAGUGAUAAAAUUCAAGAGGAUGUUCGAGCUGUGCAUACCACACUUGUCUAGUAACACAAUGUCCUAGAUUGAUGUUCACAUUGGUCGUAGCUGGGAUUUGGUUUGGGUGACUUGACUUUUUCCUUACAAGGUUUUAAGGAGUGGGUAAAUUUUGUAGUUUGGAGAUUUGAUUGGCUUUACGGCGUUUAUUCCAGAACUGAGAGAGUGUAAGAUAUGGUCUAGGUGGUGAACUGGAGAUCACUUUUUCUGAUGGAGAAAUUGGCGCACAUUAGUGUAAAUCAUCAGCAUUAGGUAUCCUUUGCUGUAUUUUCUCAGUGAUCCAGACUCUACAUGAAGCUGGAAAUUGUUGAGUGCUUUUCUUGGCGAAAAUAUAGAUUAAUAGUUGAAAAUGUGUGCUAACUUUUUUUUUUUUUUUGAUGGAAAUGUGUGCCCAUGUAAUACUAGCAAGCUAUAGUAGGACCUAAUGAUACCUUCCCGCAUUUUGUGGACAGGUGUUUCACAAACAAUUCUCAUUCAUUUUUGGGAUUAAUCUAGCAUUUGGAUAUACACGUUAUACAAAUAUAAUUACGUCGUAUUUUGUUAGGCAA